CGGCAGGAUCUCAGGCCAGGGACGAUGGCGGCUCUGCAGGAGAAGAAGACGUGCGGCCAGCGCAUGGAGGAGUUCCAGCGCUACUGCUGGAACCCGGACACGGGGCAGAUGCUGGGCCGCACCCUGUCCCGGUGGGUGUGGAUCAGCCUGUACUACGUGGCCUUCUACGUGGUGAUGACCGGGCUCUUCGCCCUGUGCCUCUACGUGCUGAUGCAGACGGUGGACCCGUACACACCGGACUACCAAGACCAGCUACGGUCACCAGGGGUAACCUUAAGGCCGGAUGUUUACGGGGAGAAAGGCCUGGAAAUUGUCUACAACGUCUCUGAUAACAGAACCUGGGCAGACCUCACACAGACUCUCCACGCCUUCCUAGCAGGCUACUCUCCAGCAGCCCAGGGGGACAGCAUCAACUGCACCUCCGAGCAGUACUUCUUCCAGGAGAGUUUCCACGCUCCCAACCACACCAAGUUCUCCUGCAAGUUCACGGCGGAUAUGCUGCAGAACUGCUCGGGCCUGGCGGAUCCCAACUUCGGCUUUGAAGAAGGAAAGCCGUGUUUUAUUAUUAAAAUGAACAGGAUUGUCAAGUUCCUCCCCAGCAACGGCUCGGCCCCCAGAGUGGACUGUGCCUUCCUGGUGAGUACGGCCACGCGGCGGGCAGAGCCGCCCCAGGAAAGGAGCUUGUCAGGGUCGUGCUGGUUCACGCUGGGCACGGCCCACCUGGUUCUCUCCAGGAAUGUCGGCCGUGGGCCCAGUAAACCAGAUGUAAACACCGAACCAUCACCACAGCGAGCUCCACCAUGGGGGGGUAAAACCCAGCAAGGGAAACAUGGGGCAUUUUCCUUAUUGUUUGGCUUCCAAAAGCAUCUGAGUAGCGUGUCAGCAGCAUGUUUCAAAAUGCCUGGUGGCGAUGUGGAAAGACCAAUGCACUUCCACCAGUUCUGUCCUUUUUAUGUGCUUCUUUACAAAAAGAUUCCAGCUUGCCAGCAGCUACAGUCGUUUAACUGUGUUUAGUAUAUGGACUGCGAAGAGUUGGCACUGAUCUCAAGCUAAUUACAGGUUGUUUUUCAAAACUGAUUUUUAAGUCGACAUUUUUUAAAACUAAAUUUUUUAAAUUAAAUGUUUUCUAAGGUUUGCUUCCACCAUUACAUCCAAAGGCAAAGGUCUCACAGCGUGGUUCCAUUACUGCGUGGAGCCUUCCCACUCGGGGGUCCGAGGGAACCUCACUUCCCUCGAAGCCUCCACUCUCGGUGUGGGCCGCGGGGAUUUGCUUUUCCUUUUUUAAUUUAUUUGGGCCACACCGCGGCUCCUGAGAUUCUAACAGAUCCAAAGCGCCCUUCAGCUGUUCGUUGAUGACCCUGAACUACCCACUGGGCAAGUCUCUGCUUCUGCAACGAGAGGGCCCCAAUCUCACAAAAACACAUGUUCACUUGUCCCACUCACACCAACUUGUAACCCAGUUUUGGCAAACCAGCCCUUGCCGCUGAGCAGUGGCUACCCUCAAGUACAGACAAGCAAGCCACCUCCCAGCUUCACCCACCUACGUCAUCCUUCCAACACUUCAAGUUGUUAGAAGCACACGUUGGAGGGGUCACUGGGCAUUUUGCAUGCUAACAAAUCAUAUCCUUGCUGAGAUCUCAGCACUGAUUAGAAAGAUUGCAUCUGAUUUAUGCUAAGUAUGCAAUAAAGUGUUUAUGCAAGCACCUACAUAGUGCGUGUGUGCACACACGCACACAAACACAACACACAGACACGGGCAUACACCAGCUCCCGCCUGACUCAGGCAGUGGCCUCUCCUCCCCAGGACCAGCCCCUCGAGCUUGGCCAGCCACUGCAGGUCGACUACUACCCUCCCAACGGCACCUUCAGUCUGCACUACUUCCCUUAUUAUGGGAAGAAAGCCCAGGUAGGUUCCUUCCUUCCAUGCUUCCCUCACCACAGCUGCUGAGUCCUCUCACACUUAGCAAAAGGAAAGCAAUAAGCCCCUUCAUGUAGAAAAAUGAAACAAAGGCGUGACGUAGCCGGUCCUGACUGUGGAACAGUCUGCAUGUUUCCCAAGCCCAGGUUCUUAUAUCUACCUGGAAACAGUCCUCUCACGCAACAUGAAAAUACAACUCUAACUCUUUUACUUUUUUUUUUUUUUUUUGAGACAGUUUUGCUCUGUCAUCCAGGGUGGGUUGCAGCAAUGCAAUCUUAGCAUCUUAGCUCACUACAGCCUCAACCUCCUGGGCUCAAGUGAUCCUCCCACCUCAGCCUCCUGAGUAGCUGGGACCACAGGCACACACCACCAUGCCCAGCUAAUUUUCAUAUUUUCUGUAGAGAAAGGGUCUCAGUAUGUUGCCCAGGGUGGUCUUGAACUCCUGGGCUGAAGCAAUGAGCCUGCCUCAGCCUCCCAAAGUGCUGGGAUUACAGGCAUGAGCCACUGUGCCCAGCCUAACUUUUCUACUUCCCAGAUCCUCUAAAACAACUGCUUAUCCACUUUGAAGACUUUCCUCCACGUCACAUGCUUCUCCUGUUUCAUUUUUAUUUAAUCAUCAUAAGAGUUGGAAGUUGAAUUUACUCCUGGUAUUGUCUGUCCCCUCCUGACCGCUGCUCUCCAUUUUUACAUGGGAGGUGUUAUCUCAGCAAAUUCCAGGGCAUGCAUUCGGUCAGGGCCAGUCUUACACAAAAGAGCUGCUUCUCUGCACCAACCUGACUGUUGACACUUCCUUGCUUAGUUUUUUCUCCUUAACUUCAGAGAUUUUUGAAACACCUGUCCUUUCCUCACUCCCACUUCAGCCCCACUACAGCAACCCUCUGGUGGCAGCGAAGCUCCUCAACGUCCCCAGGAACGCUGAGGUUGCCAUCGUGUGCAAGGUCAUGGCGGAGCACGUGACCUUCAACAAUCCCCACGACCCAUAUGAAGGGAAAGUGGAGUUCAAACUCAAGAUUGAGAAGUGAAACGGGGUCCUGGGCACAGCCUGCGGGGUCGCUUAUGGACACCCUCCUGGUUGGGCUUACCUUGCCCGUCAGCUCCCUGCCAAAUCAUCCCAAAAGCGGUUUAGAACAGCAACGGUGUUGUCAGUGUGGGAACUCCAGAGAAGCACCCACAUGUGAAGGGCCUGCUCCGAGUAUCAGUUCUUCCUUAUUGAAUUCUUACAGUUUUUAGGUGGAAUUUGCUGCUAUAAGAAUGUCCAGCUUCCAUGGGAACACAAGGCAGCAACUCUCUAAUUAACCAGGUCAUAAAAACAAUUCAUCUUCUCUUAUGUAGACAUCACUUUCUUACUAUAAUUUAUUUUUCUACACUUCAAUAUGAACUGCCUCCCCACAUUAAUAUAAAAACUACUAAUGCACUGAUAUGAAACACAGCUUACAUUAAUGAUGUUCUGAAUUUUUGCUUUUAAAAUUGCAAUUCCUAAGUUGUAAACAUAAAACAUAUUAAAGUUACUCUUAUUGUAUGUAAAAAAAAAUUAUGUGUUUCCUGAUAUGGGAGAAAAAUUAACUAAAAACCAAACGCUUCCUUAAAAAUCUCCUUCUAAAAGUCUCCAUUCCAAGUCAGGAAAAUUACAAAAACCACGUUUGUGUGGGGUUGUCACCUAAGGACGCUCGCAGCUCCAGGAGGCAAACAGUGGGGAGUGAGGGUGUUGGCAACCUGAUGGUUUAAAACCCAGUUAGUUACAAACACACUUUUCGUUCACCAAGAACAAGUCUCUCCUCCAAAUAUAAAUGUUAAGUUAGCAGCUCUAACCCUUUCAAAAAACUGAAAUGAGAACAUUCUUCCAAACAAGCAAACCUGCUCUUGCUGAAGGCCACAGACUUCUCACCCAGACAGCAGU